AUGUGGGCAUUCGGACUUGAAGAGUGCGAACAGUAUGAUCAGGCGGAAAAGGAAGCUGUUAAGGCUUUAAAUCUUAAUCGCUUCGACUGUUGGGCAACACAUGCACGAGCACAUUGUAUGCUUAUGCAAGGACGUAUGGAUGAAGGAAUUAACUUCAUGGAGAGUACUGUGGAGGAAUGGAGUCCAGGAUGGAUUAUAGCCACGCACAAUUAUUGGCACAAUACCUUAUUUUAUAUUGAAAAAGGAGAUUAUGAGACACCUUUAACAAUUUUCGACAAUGAAGUAUGCCGGAGGGCUAAUAAAAAUAACCACUCAGUAUUGGAAAUGGCUGACGCUGCAUCGCUACUGUGGCGAUUGGAACUUGAAGGAGUUGAUGUUGGAGAUAGGUGA